AGGAGGGAGUAAAAAACAAGAUUCAACGGCCGACCAUUGCUGAGUGCUGACGUGUAUUAUCAGAGAGACAUUUUCUAUCUUUCUUCUCUUUGCUCUGUGUUCAUUAUCAGAUCUCUUUCUGUUUUGUUCUUGUCUCUGAUCUGGCUGGCAGGGGAACAAGAAGAAGAUUACAACAAGUGAUAUUAGUGAAGUUUUGUUAUAAUAAAUAAAACUUGAGAUUUGAGAGAUAAUGGCUGCCCCACCAGCAAGAGCUAGAGCCGAUUAUGAUUACCUCAUUAAGCUCCUUUUAAUUGGUGACAGUGGUGUUGGUAAGAGCUGCCUUCUUUUACGUUUCUCAGAUGGUUCCUUCACCACUAGUUUCAUUACAACCAUAGGUAUUGAUUUUAAGAUAAGGACCAUUGAGCUUGAUGGGAAACGAAUCAAGCUGCAAAUCUGGGACACUGCUGGCCAGGAGCGAUUCAGGACAAUCACAACGGCAUAUUACCGUGGAGCCAUGGGUAUUUUGCUGGUGUAUGAUGUCACUGAUGAAUCAUCCUUCAACAACAUCAGGAAUUGGAUUCGUAACAUAGAACAACACGCAUCUGAUAAUGUAAACAAAAUACUUGUGGGGAACAAGGCUGAUAUGGACGAAAGUAAACGGGCCGUGCCUACCGCAAAGGGUCAGGCCCUUGCUGACGAGUAUGGAAUAAAGUUUUUUGAAACUAGUGCAAAAACAAAUAUGAAUGUGGAGGAGGUCUUCUUCUCUAUAGGUAGGGAUAUAAAGCAGAGACUUGCUGAAACUGACUCAAAGGCUGAGCCUCAAACAAUUAAGAUUAACCAACCAGAUCAGGCAGGAGGAGCUUCACAGUCUGCUCAGAAUUCUGCAUGCUGUGGAUAAAAAAUAUAUGUUGAAUUAAGACAUCCACAGGGUAGUUAUGAUGCCGUUAAGGUUUGCUUGUAUUUUUCUCAGUAUUCUCAACUUGUUUUACAAAUUUGUCUUUCUAAAGUUGUUCCCAUUACGAGGAAUCCAUUUAUACAUCAUUGCCACUUUGUUGUUUCUAA